AUGAUCCAGGAGCGCCUCAAUGAUGCCGCCAUAGCCCUGCAACGCGCUUUCAGUGAGCGUGGCAUAGCUUAUGGAAUUUUUGGAGGUUAUGCAAUCAACCUACUCGGAGGCUUCCGGACGACGAAAGACAUUGACUGCAUCGCAUCGGUGGCUAAAAAUGAGGUAAUCAGGAUACUUGACGGCCAACACGGGUUUGAAGUCGUGUCACAGGCCCGUCAAGACUAUGUUGCCUUUCUCUGGUCUGAUAAGCCGGACAAACGCAACGCUGUUUUGGUGGAAAUUUUUUGUGAACAAUUUCCAGGAGCCGAGCAUUCGAUGGCAGGUGUGCCGCUCAAAAGCAUUGCCAUCCACGGCGCCGCUCUAGGGCAGGGCACUUCCUGUCUCCUCUCAACAUUCUACUUGUUCAAGGGAAAGCUUCGCGCAGCUGCCACCCGAGCUAAAUACCACGAUACAGCGGAUUUGAGGCUGUUGGAGGACAAGUAUGGAGAGGAAAUUAAAUCGCUGAGCGGGGGCCUUAAUCUGAACUACGUCGGGCUUGCUAUGAAAAGAUAUCCGGAGCUGGAGCGGCUUUUCGAGAGGCUGGGAGUGGACGUGCUGCAGGCUCGUCAAGUGACGAAACACGCCGACCUCGGCAACCUUCCUCGUCCCUCGCCCGGGGAUGUUCAGCGCGGACUGCUUGCAUGA